AUGGCUCGACCGACCGCAGGGAAGGCGUUGGGCAAGCGCACACGUCGUAGCACAGCUGAGCAGCAAGACCACGUAGGGCCAGCGCGCGCAUCCAAGAGACUGAGGGAGAAGAGGGAAACCAGCGCAGGGCGAAAUGGCCCAACAUAUGCAGGACCCUCGACCACCACUCGCAACGGCCCCACGACAACGGAGCCGAAUUCCCUGACCGAGUCGCAAACCUCGCUGCCACGUGACGACACGCCCCUCGCACGCCGGGACAUCUUCGCCUUCAUGCAGCUCCCUGCCGAACUGCGUAUCCACAUCUACCAUAUGGCCCUGCACCGCACCUCGUCCCUCUUCCUGCACGCUGCGCGCGUCUCCCAGGACGAAGACCCACCGCCCGACGACACCUGCCCGCUCAUGCCAGCACCCACAUGCGCCGCCCAGGUCCCAGCUCGGCGACCGCGCGCCCCCAGUCCCCCGCUUGAAACGCUUUCCCCGCUCGAAAUGCCAUACCCGCCCGAUCCCGUUGUACCCACUAUCCUGCGUCUAAAUCAGCAGAUCUACAAAGAAGCACGGAGCGUGCUGUAUAGCAACAACACCUUCACCCUCUCCCUCUCCAGCGGAAUCCACACGCUCUCCACGCUCCACCAGCGCUCGCGCAGCCUCAUCAAGCACGUCAUCCUCACCAUACCGUCGCACCACGACAUCCUCGACGGGUUCGCAGACCUCGUGCGCCUGGGGCUGCGGUACUGUUGGGGCCUCAAGACGUUCAAGAUCAUUCUGCAGGCAAGUCUGCCGGACGACGGGAGGAUGUCGCACGCGACGAGUGUGUAUGCGAAUGCGUUUCAUAUCCUCAGGUGGCUGCCCAGGGGCUGCAAGGUCGUGCUGGAGGGCAAUGUGAGUGAGGUUGUCAGGGAUGUGGUGAGGGAGGAGGGCAGGCUGCAGAUUGAGCUCGAUGAGGCCGGGUAUGCGAAGAGGCAGCAUCAGAUGCCUGAGCGGCAUUGA